CACGCACUACUUUCAGUCGACCGCCUGAUUUAUGUACGAAUCGUUUGGACGACGUGAUCGCGAGGGAAAAGGAGGCGUUAAUGAGCGAUAACGAACGGAACACCGAACAGUUUGCGCAAUUGCGGUGCUGGUUUAUGACACGCGCUCUUUGGGACAUAAUCUGCGGGAAAAAGCAGAAGCUCGCGCGUGCUUGUUUGACUAGUCAGUCGGAUUUCAGCACCAGCCCAAGGACAGCACGCUAGCAUGUGUCUUUACUAUAGUAAAACGGUGUAAACGCCAGUGUGUUGUGGAGAUAAGAGCGGAAUGGCAUCGCGAUGGAUCGCGAUAAUCGCUUUACUGCGGGAGUUGCAGUGCUGCGUGUGCCGUGAGGUCACUCUUCCCGCCGGGCCGCUGUAUCGGGUCGCAAGUUUCUCGCUGUCCCUGCCCUGCGCCGUUUCGGGAUACGAAGGUCCACGGACGCAGGAUUUUGAGUGGUAUCUGUACCGGGAGGAUGCUGAGGGUCGGCAGAUCGGUGUGGUGUCCACACGGGACGCAGGCUUUCCGUAUGCGCCGUUCCAGGGUCGCGUGCAGGCCGGCGAGGUUCGAGUCGAGAGGGAUUCGGGCGACAAAGCCAGACUGAUCAUCCAGAGGCUGCGUCCAGAUGAUCAGGGCCGUUACGAGUGUUACACGCCCAGCACUGACACCCGCUUCCUAGGGAACUACAGCUCAUCAGUGGUGGUCAAAGUGAUUCCCGACACGCUGCUCAUAACACACUCUCGCAUUCUGAGCGGCCAACCUGUUAUCGAAGGCACGGAGCUUCAGCUGACGUGCGCCACGUCUGUCCAAUCGGAUCAGCACACUCACGUGUCCGUCACGUUCGGCGUGCGCAGCAGCAGGGGCCCGGAGUCUCAGGGUCACAACCUCAGAGAGAUCAUCGGCAUCGACCGCGAGCUGCGCGUGACACCGGGCCGCAGCGGCGCCUACGGGAAGAGAUACGGGGACGGAGAGAUCGCUGUGGAGAAGCGGAAGGGGGACGGAGGCCGGGAUCUGUACGUACUGAAGAUGAGCGCUCUGGCACCCGAGGAUUCUGGGUCAUAUUUCUGCGAGGCUGCGCAGUGGAUCAGAGAUCCGGAUGGCAAAUGGGAACGCAUCGAACAGAGGACCAUGGAGCUCGGGAAUCUCACCGUUCAACCGCUUGCGGACACACUGAGUGUGCGCUCUGUCCCGGACGGUGGUGUCGCUCUGCGGCCCGGUGCUCCGCUCCGCCUCCGCUGUCAGGUGUUGGGUGUAGGUGCGUGGAAGCGCUCGGCGCUGCAGGUGCAGUGGAUGCGGCGCGGGCCGGAGGGUGGUGUGGAGGUGGAGGUGGCGCGUGUGGAUCCUGACGGCGUGGUGGCCUGGGGUGAUGAUCUCAGCAGGGCAGGAGGAGGCAGCAUGGAGAAGGAGGCCGACGGGAGCUUCUCUCUGCGCCUGUUCUCCGUUCGCCCCGCUGACGCCGGACUCUACCGCUGCGCCGUGAGCGUCUACGCCGGGAGGAAAACACCAGCACCGGAGAGUCCCGCCACGAUCACACAGAGAUCAGAGUGGGUCACUGUUAGCCUGAAGACUGAAGAGGUGCGUGUAUCUGCUAGCAUUGAUUUGCCACGCCGGCCGCUCCUGAAGCGUGGCAGCACCGUCACGCUGCUCUGCAACGUCUCUGUGGAAGCCACCGGUGCUUCACGAGUCGAGGUGCAGUGGCUUCAGAAACCCGAGGAGCCGGCGAGGAAAGACGCCACGCUUUCUGAGGACAGCAAAGGCCGGCUCCUGGCGACUCUGAGCUACGACGGCCUGACACGCAUCUACAGCAAUGGCAGCGACGUAAGCGUGGACCGUGUGUCUGCUGGCUGCUUCAGGCUGAGGAUCUUCUCGGCCGCUGAGGAGGAUCAGGGACACUAUCAGUGUCGAGCCGAGGUUUGGGCGCAGGAUCCGCGCGGCGGAUGGUACAGCACCGGCGCUGAAGCCGAGUCCAUAACCGUAUACCUGUACCUGUACGCACGAGUCACUGAUCUGCUGCUCUUACCUCUCGUGAUCGGCGUGUCGUCGGCGCUGUUUGUGGGCAUAUUGAUUAUCGCCACUGUGACGUGCUGCUUCAUGAACAGACUGUCUAGACAGCGCUCCCGCAUACGGAAGUAGGAAGUAUGAGAGAGACUUCCCUGGAAGAACAUUCAAUGACUUGAAU